UGUAUGAUGUUCAUGACAGCUGUACUGGAGUCAGUAUCCUUGGAUAAGUUUAUUCCCGAGACACCCACGUCCAGUGAUUCAGGAGACAUGUCCCCAUGCCGUUCACCGUCCACCCCGCGACUCCUCCGCUACCGACCGCCUGCAGGUCAGUCUCCCGAUGGCUCCCGCUGUGCCAUGUCCCCCGCGUCCGCUUUCGCCAUUGCCACCGCCGCAGCUGGACACAGCAGCCCGCAAGGAUUUAUCAACCCUGAGAAAUCCUAUGACAAGGAGUUCCUCGUCCGCAGGGCCGCCACCAACAGGGUGCUUAACGUCCUGCGUCACUGGGUUUCCAAACACUCGCAGGUUUGUUGACUUUGCAUAAUUUUC